AUGCUCGGCGUUGAGGACUACGGUAGCGACAAUGAAAGUGGCGACGAAUCUGUUUGCACCCCGAAACUCCCAAUUGCAUCUGCCUCCAAGCAACCUCCCUCUUCCCAGAAGCCCACAGGCGGUCUGGGUCUAGCGUUACCUCCCCCAUCUGCUGGCACUUCAUCGAAACCGACGAAGAAAACCAAGAAGAUAGCUAUAGGACUACCUUCUCUUUCCAAGACCUCCGAUGAUGAAGCAGAGGCGAACGACGACCAACCUCCUCCCGCCAAGAAGGCUCGAUUAGAGAAUGGCGCAGGGAGGUCAAGCUUGCUUUCCAUGCUGCCUGCGCCGAAGCAGAAGGCACCGAUUCUGCCCAAACCCGAGCGUGUCCUUGGAGGCGGGCAAGGCCCUGGUUUAGUGUUCAAUACGUCGCGGUCGAGCGCUGUUGCCUCUGUUCCGAUCGAGGAGGAGGCAGUGGACGCAGAAGAUAGUGCGGUACCCGUUCCUGGAGAAGACCACGCACCGACACCGUCGACAUUCAUGUUGCCAUCAUCUCUUCGCAAGGGCAAGGCCAACGUAUCGUUGGAAGACCCCGCCCCCAAAUCCACACCCGCACCAAAGCCAAUUUCAUCGGCUCCAGCGGUAGAUUUCUUCUCUCUCGGUUCUACAUCCUCGUCCUCUGCAAACAAACCCUCGGUUCCCGUUGCCGUACCCUCCAAACCAUCUAUCAUCCCUACAAGGUCCGCUGCACCCGCCCUCGACGAUUUCACUCCACCAGAACCUACACCUUCCGAUCCGUACCCUGGCUACUAUCAGCUGCCAUCGGGUGGCUGGGCCCAAUAUGAUACGGCCUACUACCAAUCUUUCUACAAGAAAUGGCAGAAGGACUACGAGAAGUAUAUCCGAAACCUCGAAAAGGGCAAACUGGAGAAAGGGUUCGAGGACUUGGACAGGGUUGGAAUCAGCGGCGAGGUGGAUCCGGUGGCCGAGAUGGAGAAGGCGAAGGUCCAGGUCAAAGAGCUGGAGGAGCGCAAGCAGCUAACGCACGGUGCGGGAAGUGGACCGGAGGCGCCGAGGAUGAAUGUACAGGGGGCGAAGCUUGGAGGGAGGGCGAGGUCGCGGCAUCAACUCACUACGCUGCUCACAGAGGCGUACCAGAACCGCGAGACGCUCGAGGAGAAGAUUGCACAGGGGCGAAGAAAUAGGAAAGAAGCGGGUAUGAAGUACGGUGAGUUGUACAGGUCGUUGGCGGUCUACUUCUGUGCUCAUUCAUACUAUGUCCAGGUUUUUAAGUUCUUGUCAUCCCCUGGUGUCGCUUGA